AUGCCUGGUGAUGAAGGAGCAAAUAAUGAAUUACUUCAAAUUGCGGCUAAACAAGAUUCUUGUUUUGCUUUUCAAAAUUCAUUAAGAAGUCUUCCGAGAAAAGAAUUCAUUCGAUUUUCCAAUUUAACUUCUUCACAAUCUAUUCUCACCACUUCUCAACAAUUACCAACGAUUUCUAAAUUAAUUGAACAUCACAUGAUGGUUUUCAGAAAUUGUACGCAUGAAUUUAUACCGAUUUAUGAAAUUAUUUCUGAGGAUAACAUUGAAUUGGCAGGAUUGACUGAAUUCGAAUUACAGUUAUUGAUGAAGAUUUUUGAUCAAAACGUAACCAUUAUAAAAGCCGAAAAAAUAAUAAAAGCUGGAAACGUAUUGAUAAAUAAAUUGUUAGUGUGGUAUCAACAAGAAAAGUUCCCGUUAAGAAGAGCCAGAAUCUUGAUUGAAAAGUCUAAGAUAGCUGGAUAUACUGAAACAAAUGAAGUCCAAUUUCGUUUAGAACUAAUUCAAGAUGCAAUUAAUUUAUUAGGAGUUAAGUAUUUAGCAGAGGAUAGUAAUCUUCAACAUUUCCGUAAUUAUUACCUAGCUAUUGCUCAUUCUUGGGCUGGAAUCCUCAAAUUAAUUUCUGGACAGUCGUUCACACAAGAAUUUAAAUUCGCAUUAACAUUAUGGAAAGAAAUACUAAAUGAAAUUGAAGACGCAAAGAAAAAUAUUGAUGACACAGAGAGAUUUUAUGUCCAUCUUCAAAUGUUGGCUGAUUUUUUUGGAGUAUCAAAUCAACACAUAUAUCACAUCAUGACAUUAAAAAUAAUGUUGAGACUUAAUAAUGGUAUAAGACGUAGUACCAUUAAAACACAUUCAGGUUCUGUGUACUUAUUUGUCCGAAUAGGGCAAAUAUACACGAAUCUUGGGUACACCGGAAAGGCAGGCUGGGCAUUUUCUCAAGCUGAGAUUAUUUUGGGUUCAGGUGUUUGCAUAGAUGAAGCCAAAUUGACAUGGAUGUUAGGUUAUAGUUAUUAUUUAUGCAUAAUUGGCAAUUUAAAUGAAAGAUCCCUAGCUAAAAAUCCUAAAAAUCGAAAAAUCGAGCAGUUGUUACUGGCAGAUGCAUUUUUGACACGAUCAUACAUCUCAAUAUGUCUGGGUUUCUUGGAAGAUGCAAUCUUAAAUUGUAAACAGGCUAUUAGAAUUCUUAAUAGGAUGAUUAGGCAUAUCAAUGCAAUUAAUGUCUUUCAUGGCCAAAGUUCCUUUCAAGGAAUAUUAUCACCAUCACCAUCUGCACAAAGCCGGAAAUGGCGCCUAUCUAAGGAAGCUGAUUGUUGCUUCAAAGAAGGAAUGCUGUUGAUUAAAGAAACAAAAGCCUGCACAGCUAUGAGUUGUUUUUUAUUAAACCUUGCUGAGCUGGAAUAUCACAGGCAAUUUUGGAAAAAAAGCGAAGAAAACUUAAAUGAGGCUAUAGAGUAUCAAAAUAAAGCGGAAAUAUAUCCUAAAGAAGAAGUUUUAGCAAAAUUGAUUUUUGGUGAUUUUAAAUAUCAUGAAGGCAAUUAUAAAUAUCAAGAGGAUGAUUCCGACUAUCAAAUACAUUGUUAUAAUCUGGCACUUGAAUAUUAUAAUGAUGCAAGUCAUAUUUUGAAGAAUAUAAUGGAGAAGGAAUAUAUUUCCAAUAUAGAACCCUUUGACAUAAGCAACAAAAUUUUAAUUUCUAUGACACCAAAAUCUAAAAAUGAUAGAACAGUCCAAUAUGAAUGUUUUUCACUUGAAUACUUAAAAGCAAGAUUGUUUCGACAUCAAGGUUUAUUGUUGAGUAAAUAUGGGGAGUUUGAAAAAGGCUUGAGAUUGAUAGAAAAUGGAAGGUUUUUGAAUCAACCUUGUCUAGAGAAGGCAUGUUGCGCAGAGUAUCAGUAUUUAUUAGGCAAAGUUAAAUUAAUGGAAAUCAAUAAUAAAUUAAAGAUUAAUAACCAAAUGAUUUUUGAUAAUAUACAAGAUUCCGUACUCUCUUUACCAUCAUUUGGAAAAAAUUCAAAUAAAAAACAACAUAAUAUCAAUCAAAAUUAUUUUCCAGAUAAUUUUUUAGAGGAGAUUAAUAAAGCAAUCGAUUAUUUGGUAAAAGUUUAUGAUCUAAUAUAUGAAUGCGGACCUACACAGUUGUUACAAGAAGCUUCCCUAUGUAUUGUUAAGGCAAAUUUGUUAAAUGCUUACUGCUAUAACAAAUUUUCUGAUCAAUUAGAAAUUGCGACCAAAUGUGCAUAUUAUUUGGAAAUGACUAAAGCACUUACUGUUAAAAGGGAGUUUAUUACAAUCUUGAAUGAGAAAGCAAUAAAAUUACCUUUAAAAUAUAAUGAUAAUGAAAGAUGGCCUCAAGCAGAAACAUCAUAUCAAAAAUUUUUAAAAGAUUUAUUGAAGAGAUACAAAGAAGAAUCAUCAUUAACAUAUCAUCAAUUUCAAAGAGAAUUUAUAGACAUUAUACCUUCUCAAUGGACUGUGUGUUCAAUUACUGUCGAUAUUGAAAAUAAUGAGCUAUAUAUUUGUCGCUUUUGUCAAAAAACAUCACCAUUAUUGUUACGAUUGCCUUUGAAACGACAAUCUGGAGAAUGUGGUGGAUUUUUGUAUAAUGACGUGAUUAGAAAAUUUAAUCAAAUCAUGGAUUUAUGUGAUCAGAGCAUGAAAUUUGAUAAAAAAUGUAUGAAUAAACAAGAAAAGUCGCAGUGGUGGAAUGAAAGAAAGGCAUUGGAUGAUAGAAUGAAAACCUUACUUGAAAAUAUUGAGGAUUGUUGGUUAGGCGGCUUUAAGGGCAUAUUAAUGGCAGAUACAGACAAUGAUCCUAAACGACUUGCUAAUUUCAAAGAAAAGAUGGAUAAAUUAGCACUAAAAAAUGAAAUAUGUAGUCAAACUUUUGGUAAACAAUCAACAAAAAAGAAAAUUGAUCUUCAUGUAGAAUUGUAUAGAUCUUUUCUUCGUUUAGGACCAAAUGCAACAGAUCGAGAUAUUCAAGAUAUUAUUUAUUUUCUGGUUGACGUAUAUAACAAAAAUAAUGAUCAACAAAUCGGAUAUGAUGAGGUUGAUUGGGAUCAGCUUACUGUUGAUAUAAUAAAUGCACUAAGUGUUAAUGUAAAUUUUAAUGAUUCAAAAUCUGAUGAUCAGCAUGUUAUUUUAAUUUUGGACAAGUAUGUUCAAAUGUUGCCAUGGGAAAGUUUUCCUUGUUUACGAAAUCAAUCAGUUUCUCGAUUACCCUCAAUUUCAUUUUUAAGAGAUCGAAUUCUGUCAAUGAAACGUCAAAAUAAUAAUAAUUCAAGUAACAAUGAAAAAUAUUUUAUUGAUCCACAAAAAACGUUUUACAUUCUUAAUCCGAGUCAAGAUUUAGAGAAUACACAAAAAAAAUUUGAAGAUUUUGUUAAAAGUUUCGAAGGAUGGAAUGGUGUGAUUUGUCGUCAACCAUCUGAACAAGAAUGUAAAAAUGCGUUGAGUAACAAUGAUCUUUAUAUUCCUGCGUUGGUUGCGAACCUAUGGGAUGUGACUGAUAAAGAUAUCGAUAGGUUUAGUAAAGCUUUAUUUCAUGAAUGGAAUUUAAAACCAAAUCAUGAAUUAGAUAAUGUAAUUGGGAAUGAUACAAAAAAAAUUGAUGUAUCGUUAGUUAAAGCUGUUUCAGUCGCAAGAAAAGAAUGUAGAUUAAAAUUUUUGAUCGGGGCAGCACCUGUAAUUUACGGUGUACCUGUUUACUUAAAAUGA